UACGUGACAUCAGUUGACAAGAGUUAGUAUAUAAUUUAGCUCCAAAUGAAAUUUAUGAUGACCGUAAUUAAGUGUAGUAGAGGUAUAGUAAUGAGACAGUUUUCGACUGUUUAAAGUAUUCAGUACAUUGUUACAGUGUGAGUUGUUGGUUUUGAAUAAUGCAGAAUUAGACACUACGUUUUAUGCGUGUCAAUAAUAUCUUGUUUUUUUUUGUGCAAGUGUUAUGUGUAGCAGAUUCAAUUAAUGACAACAAUAAUAAAUCAAUGGCAAACCUUUUCUAGAAUAUCAAUAGCAACUGAUAUUUAAAACUGUCACUGUUAUUAAUGUUGAGAGUGUUAAGAAGAUGGAAAUAACUGGUCUUCUUUCUAACCUGUGGUAAAUUGACAAAUUAAAAGAAACCAAAGCGUCAAUGAUACUGACUGAUUUGUUUCAUGGAUAUUUAAGUUUAAGACACAACAAACUUUCCAUGUCAGAAACCUAAGUCGGAAAAUGAAGGAAGUCGCAGGAAAAAUAGAGGAAUUUCCGGAGAACCCACCAUGGACAAUGUUUUUCGACGGUCCAUUGUAUCAGAAAUACGACGAGUUCAUGAAAACUAAAGACUUUUCAAAGAUUUUGUUAAACACAAAACUGAGACUGGCAAACUUUCACGGUUCGGAAGUUGUCAGUCCAGCACAUAGUGUAGAGGUAGACAGUUGGGAUAAAGAACAGGAAGUAGAUCCAACCGGAAACACAUAUCAGUAUGUGUCGGAAGACUAUUUUCAAAGAAUUAAAGAAGAUGAGAAACGCCGUACACGAAGGACACGUGCAUUCAUUAUUAUCGGCUUCGUCAUCAUGGCUGCUCUUGCUUUUGGCACAGCGUUGGUUAUCCACUAUCUCUUCAUUCCACCAUUGGAGGAGAGAAAUCCCAAAAACUUUGUCAACGUAUCUUUCUCUGCGAACACCACUGCCCCUGUUACACCAGGGAUCUUUCAAGGAACGUCAUCAUCUGCGUCAACGGAAACAACUACAAUACCGGUAUUUUCGAAAACAACUGCAGUACUGCCAGAAUCUACAACAACAGUGCCGAACACAACAACAGCUUUACACGAAACAACUUCGACGUUGCCGAAAACAACAACAACUUUACAGGAAACAACUUCGACGAUGCCUGAAACAACAAUAACUUUACAGGAAACAACUACAACGCCGCCGAAAACAACAACAACGUCACAGGAAAUAACUUCGACGUUGCCGAAAACAACAACAACUUUACAGGAAACAACUACGACGCUGCCGAAAACAACAACAACUUUACAGGAAACAACUUCGACGCUGCCGAAAACAACAACAACUUUACAUGAAACAACUACAACGCUGCCGAAAACAACAACAACUUUACUGGAAACAACUACGAUGAUGCCUGAAACAACAAUAACAUUACAGGAAACAACUACAACGCCGCAGAAAACAACAACACGUUUGCAGGAAACCACUACGACGUUGCCGAAAACAACAACACCUUUACAGGAAACAACUUCGACGUUGCCGAAAACAACAACAAUUUUACAGAAAACAACUACGACGUUGCCGAAAACAACAACAUCUUUACAGGAAACAACUUCGAUGUUGCCGAAAACAACAACAACUUUACAGGAAACAACUACGACGACGCCUGAAACAACAACAACUUUACAUGAAACAACUACAACGCUGCCGAAAACAACAACAACUUUACAGGGAACAACUUCGAAGUUGCCAAAAACAACAACAACUUUACAGGAAACAACUACAACGCUGCCGAAAACAACAACAACUUUACAGGAAACAACUUCGAAGUUGCCAAAAACAACAACAACUUUACAGGAAACAACUACGACGACGCCUGAAACAACAACAACUUUACAUGAAACAACUACGACGCUGCCUGAAACAACAACAACUUUACAGGAAACAACUACGCCGCUGCCGAUAACAACAACAACUUUACAGGAAACAACUUCAACGCUGCCGAAAACAACAACAUCUAUACAGGGAACAACUACAACACUGUCGGAAACAACAACAAUUUUACAUGAAACAACUUUGACAUUGCCGAAAACAACAACAACUUUACAGGAAACAACUACGACGACGCCUGAAACAACAACAACUGUACAUGAAACAACUACGACACUGCCGAAAACAACAACAACUUUACAGGAAACAACUACGACGCUGCCUGAAACAACAACAACUUUACAGGAAACAACUACGACACUGCCGGAAACAACAACAACUUUACAGGAAACAACUACGACGCUGCCUGAAACAACAACAACUUUACAGGAAACAACUACAACGCUGCCGAAAACAACAACAACUUUACUGGAAACAACCACGACGUUGCAAGAAACAACAAUGCUUCCUGAAAACUACAAUAUAGUUCAAAUGACAGACGUUACAUCAUAUACCUUUGAAAAUGCCAAAAUAAACUGCAUCGUAAAACACGCCAUAAAAUGGAAAUCUCUUUCGGUGAAAAUCAACCAGAAAUGGCGGCCGCUAGAGGUGACCUUAUUCCCUUCCGGGGAGAUUAAAUGGUCUAGAAGGAAGACAAAGAGACAUGACGUCACAUAUGACAUCACUAACAGCACAGAUGGAACCGGAAGUAACAUGACAAUUAGUUUGAUAAUAAAUGACGUCCAAUGUCGAGACAAAAACACAUAUAUUUGCACACUUAAGUCUGACACAGAGGACGGUGUUGCAAAAAGUCAGCUCACUGUGGUUGCAAAACCUAGCCAGAAAAUUACGCUCACACCCGGACCUUCAAUUAUAGAAGACAAAGCAUUCCGGUUAACUGCAACUUGGCAGGGAGGAUAUCCCAUCCCCUGGGCAAAUAUGUCCUGGACGGCUUUUGACAGUAAUAAUAAAAGUUACAACUUGGCAAACUAUGGUGAAUACAGAGACUAUGCGCUACAUGAGGAUCACCAGUUCUGUCAAACUACGCUACAGCAUUCCAUAGUCGUGUUUCCUAGGAUACAUCUCAAUGACACAACGGUGAUAGUAAGACCGAAUCUUGAAAGAAAGAAAUACUUUGUAGACAAAUCAAUGGAAACAUAUUUAAGACAGGUUAAACCAGGUGUAGAGAAGAUUCUGGUCAUACCACUGAACUAUUGUAAGAACGGGAAAAAAGACAUGAGCGUUCCACAUCCUUACACACCCUGUACAAAGUUUCUGCGCUGUCUGUCAGGAGAUAUAAUCGUCCAGGAAUGUCCUAUCGGAACGUGUUUCAAUAAGGAGAAACAGCAGUGCGCAUAAAGAAAUGCUGCUUGGCCAGUGUUUGAAAGUAUGUUUUACAUCUCAGCGUCACACGUGUGACGACACAAGCACAAGUGUCCCACGUAGUAACGUAGUAAUCUUUUGUGCUUCUGGUCGUGCAAUCCUACUGACAUUGCUCCAGGACAAUUAUGAUAUUCAAUAUAAUUAUGCUAAUCAGUGAUGAAUUCUACGUAACAAGCUGAUAUCACCCAGGCAAUUAUGGCAUACUCAGAAGCAUUAGCUAAAUGUUAUCUCUGUAAUUCUCGUGUACAUGUCAAAUAUACUUCAAAUUUAAGGCAGAAAGGGGUACUUACUUUCAGGACGGCUGUCUCUGUAAUUCUUGUGUAGAUGUCAAAUAUACUUCAAAAUUAAAGCAGAAAGGGGUACUUUCAGGAUGGCUAUCUCUGUAAUUCUUGUGUACAUGUCAAAAAUACUUCAAAGUUAAAGCAGAAAGGGGUACUUUCAGGACGGAUAUCUCUGUAAUUCUUGCGUACAUGUCAAAUAUACUUCAAAGUUAAAGCAGAAAGAGGUACUUACAGGACCGCUAUAUUCACUCUUUGGAGCGGUAUCAUGUAGAGAUAAGAUGCUUUCAAUGCGGUUGAUGAAAGUAAAUCACGACAUAUUUUGGUCACAGAUUGCUCGCAUGUCCACAUAUAUUGUUCUAUGUCACACACUUGAACUUGACCUUACCUAUUAUAGCUGGAAAGCCUCACACAUUGUCUUUGAAAGUUACAAGUGUUCUUCUCUAAUUUGAACUUUUUAGUAAAAUUUUGUUGAAAGUGAAUAUGGGGUAUAAUUUUGCUAAAAUGUAAGCUAAAGUCUUGAGGUCAUCUAAUGAGGCUAAAGAGAAGUGGAAAAUCUAAGAACAUUUAGUCAGGACAUUCGCGAAAAACAUGCAUACAUGCAAAACUGACAUAUUUUCUACAUUAAAAAGGACAUAAUGUAUUACAAAAUAAAAUCCUUAGUUAUUGUU